CGUAUCAGAUUGAUGUUCGUUUCUCAAGGUUGGCCGAAGAAGCUACAAAUAACGAUCCAUGUAGCCCUGAUGCGAGAACAAUGACAAGAAUAGCUGAAGCAUCCUUUGAGGUGGAUGAUUAUUGGAGAAUUAUUGAUGUUCUUCAUAGAAGGUUCUAUAGCAUUGAUUGGAAGCGAUGGAGACAAUCCUACAAAUCACUGGUACUUCUUGCGUUCUUACUAACUCAUGGUCCUGAAGAUUUGGCUGAAGAAUUCCAACGUGAUGCUGAUCUUAUUCAAGAGCUUGGAACAUUUAAACACAUAGAUGAGAAGGGGUUCAACUGGGGCGUCAGCAUGCAGAAGAAAUCAGAGGAGAUACUUAAACUUCUAGGAGGAGGAAUAGCACUCAAAGAAGCGCGUCUGAAAGCUCUCAAAAUAACAAAAGAAAUCCAAGGAUUUGGAAGUCCAAACACGACUUCUCCUUCCUCUAGUACUGCUAGUACUACUCCCUCAUCUUCCUCCGAAACGUCAAGGUUUUCUUCAAUUCUCUCAUCGUGUUCUACAACAAGUACUCCCACAUGGAAUGAUACAUAUGAGUUGAACAAACAUGAUCAACUGCGCUCACCUACAAAAGAUUCUAAUUCAGAAGAAGGAACACGCGAUCAUGAGGAGAAUAGCAAAUAUUUCACAUUUAAAAACAAGAAUGUUAAUGUAGGAUCACACCAAUGGGAUAGCCCUGAGGUUCUAGAAACGGGUUUUUUGCUUGAUUCUGAAGAUGAAAAGGCGGAUGGUUUUAUUAGUGGAAUUUGCUCAAAGCUUGCUGGCAUUAGUCCCUCUGGAGGCAAUGAUGAUCAGGAAUUUGGAUUUAGGAGUGUUUCUGAUGCUGGAAGAUCAUCCUCAGUGACGAAGAAAAAGUUUGAUCGCCAGUAUUCACUCUGGUAUUGAAAGAGUCACGGGGAUAUAAAUUAUUUUUGGUCUGGAUAUUUCUAGUACUUAUGUUUCGUGUGAACAUGUGUGUUACGUACGUAGUACCAUAUAUAGUAGCUAGAGCCUGGAAUAUGCAUGGUUUUGUAAUAAACACAUUUCUUAAAACAUCUCAAAACAGCAUUAAUGAUCACAUAAGAUUUUUGUUUCACCCAA